GGUCAGAAGGUCUUCCUGUCAGUAUACAGAACAAAGAUUGCCGGCCAGUGUCGUCUGAUCACUGUAACAUGAUGUAAGAAUCUGUUACUCCACGGCCUCUGCGUCUCGCGGUAAAGUUGAGCUCAAACCAUGGUACUUCUGGAGGAAGCAAGGUUCCAAGCGAUUAUGGUGGAAGGUAAAGCCAUUGACGUCUUCUGGGACCUGAACGCCGUCAAGUUCAAUGGAGAGACUGAGCUGCAAUCCGUUUAUUAUGUGGCCGUUGCCUGCAAAUAUGAGGUUGUAUUGCUUCUCAGUGAUCUAAAAAAAGAUGCCUACAGAAAGACAGGGUGCCGACCAGCACUAAUUGAGCCCAGCUUGGUAUCAAAGAAGGAGAAUGUAUUUGGCAAGAAGAAAUUCACCUCAAAAAUAAAAUUUCAUGAGAAAGGCAGGCUUGAUUAUGAGAUCUCCAUAGAAUUUAACAACAGCAGCAGUGUCAAUACUAACAGUUGUGUUGGUGGGUUCGAUCCAGAAAUGGAGAUAAAGGUAGAUGGGAAGCUAGCCAUCCAUGUCAAAAACCUUCACCGGAAAUUCAGAGGUAAUCAAUCCAUCGCCAUUCAUAAAGUUAGAGUAGAAGUGUAUUGGGAUGUUCAUGGCUGGUUAUUUAGUCCUGGUUUGAGGCAUACAUUAUUCAUAUUUAAGCCAAUAACAUCAUCAUCCACAUCGCGACUUCAUCACCGCUGUCUUCGUCGUUGGCAUCCAUCACAGUAAACGCCAACUUUUAGGUCAGCAAAGGGAGAUAGUUCUGGUGGAUCAUCUGGGUUUUGUUUGUUUAUCUAUGCUUGAAAAGUUGAAUGAGAUAAAGCACAGAUUGUAUGAGGAUAUCGUACGUCACCGUAUAGACAUGAUCAGCCAAAAAGAAAAACUGAAAGAGUUACAUAAAGAGAGCAAUAGAUGAUGGUGGUGAUUAAGAUUGGGUUGUAUGAGUUUGAGAGUGAGCUAAAGUUGCAGAGAGGGAGAGCAGUAGUAAGCUAAGAUGGACAUCUGGUGGGAGGAGGAGAGGGGUUGGGCAGAAACUUGGAAGUUAGCUACAGCUGGGGCUGAAUUAGUCUGAAUUAGUUGAAUUAGUGAACAUGAUCGGACAGGUCAGAGUGGAAUAUAUCAUCUAGAUACGGUGUAGCAGAAUCUGGACUCUGACAGAAGUUUGGGUAUUUUGCAUCUCUUGGAGGAUAGCGAGCGGCAAGCAGACUAUUGGGUUUUCGUCCAGAUUGUUAAGAGUUGGGGAUCUGUUUUAUUUUAGUGCGAAAGAAGAUAAUGAA